AGUAGUUAACAUAGUUCCUGUUUGUUUAGUGAAAACGAGAACAUAAAACACUUCUUGGUAAUAAAAAUGUAAUGAAUCCUUAUUUACUUUACGCAACAGCACUUAACAGAUAUUCUGGAAUCGUGUUGUCUAAAAAUCUCCAAAGACUGGCUGCUGGCCGAUUUUGCCAUCCUUACACCCGACUCUCUUCUUGGCCACACUUCGUUGCUUUCCAAAAACAAAAACGGCUGACCGAGAGGCAGUUUAGUCAAUUCAGCAUGACGAUUGCAAAGAAGCUGCACGGUAGAGCAUUCUACGAAAGUAUAGGCUCUCCGAAGAGAAUUUUGGCGCCUAUGGUUGAUCAAUCUGAACUUCCAUGGAGAAUUCUUGCUCGACGAAGCGGUGCUGAUAUGUGCUUCACCCCGAUGUUUCAUUCACGUUUGUUCAGUGAAAGCAAAGACUAUCGUGACAAAGUUUUCUCAACCAAGGACAUUCCUGAGGAGAAACCUCUAAUUGUUCAGUUUUGUGGAAACGAGGUUGAAACAAUGCUUCAGGCUGCUAAGCUUGCAGAGCCGUACUGUGUUGCAGUGGAUUUGAAUCUCGGCUGUCCUCAAGGUAUUGCUCGUAAGGGAAAGUAUGGCUCUUUUAUGCAAGACAACUGGGAGUUAAUUGAGGCAAUUAUUUCCAAGUUGCAUGCAGAGCUUUCUGUUCCAGUAACAGCAAAGAUUCGCAUAUUCCCGGAUCCUUCUCGGACGCUGGAAUACGCAAAAAUGAUCUUGCGUGCGGGAGCAUCGAUUCUCACUGUCCACGGUCGGACGCGAGAGCAACGCGGUAUAAAUACUGGCAUCGCAGACUGGGAUCAAAUCAAAAUGUUACGGGAAAAACUGCCUGCGGACACCGUUUUGUUUGCCAAUGGUAACAUUUUGCACAGCAGCGACAUUGAACGCUGUCUCGAAUACACCGGUGUCGACGGCGUUAUGUCUGCUGAAGGAAGUCUCUAUAAUCCCAAGGUUUUCUUGUCGCCUUCCCGACCUUACACAGAGUUGUAUCCUCGAGUCGACAAGAUGUGUGAAGAGUACUUUGACAUUGUCCGCGAGCACGGUCUCACGAAGGACUACAGCUCUUUGUCAGCAAUGAAAGGUCAUUUGUUUAAGAUUUUGCAUUCCUUUUUGUCAAAACACACGGACCUUCGCCAGGUCCUUGGUGUGAAAUGUACUCCAACGGAUUUUGAGAGUUUCGUACAAUUAGUACAGGAAGUGCGGGAACGUAUUGAGACUUCACUAGCCAACAAAGAGUAUGUUGACGACACAGAAAGCUUUGAAAAAACACUCGAUGAGCGGGGUUAUCCUGUCGUCCCGUUUUGGCGUGCACAGCCCUACAUUCGUCCACUGCCUAAUCGGAAAUUGAAGGAGGAAAACGAAGAGGAUGUUGCAACGAAAAAGAUAAAGCUGAGUAAAAAAGAGGAGGAAGGAGAGGUGUUGCAAUCGUAAUAGAAUUGUUUGAACACAAGUGUGAACACGUUUUUCGUGUU